CACUCCCCUGUUGUAUGGUACAGCCCCACUCACUCCUACUGAGUUCAAACUUUUGGCGGACAGAUGAAACCAUGGCAGGUUGUCAUGUUCUGUGUUUCUUCUUUCUGCUGGACAUCUUUUCCAAAGAUGCAGCAGGUGUGAUUCAAACAGAGCAGACUGUGCUGGCAGCAGUAGGAGGUCAAGCCUCUCUGACCUGUCAGCUCGCUGAAUGUAAAGAAGUCGUCCAAGUCACCUGGCAGAAGGUCCUCCCUGARGGUGAGAAGAACCUCGCCACCUUCGCCAAAGGCUUUGGUCCCAGUAUGAACUCUGAUCUGAAGAUGAAGGUGGAUUUUCACUACAAAGAUCUGAAGAACUGCUCGUUGGUGAUCAGGAAGGUGACAGAGCAGGACGAAGGCUGCUACCGCUGUUUGUUCAACACCUUUCCCCAAGGAGCUGUGAUCGGCAGAACCUGCCUCAGACUUUAUGGUGAGACUACGAGCUGAGCAUCAAACACGUCUAA